GUACUAUUCUUCUUCUUCCUCCUCCAUUCUUCAUUUCUCAAUAAUCGAAACCCUAAUUUCACCUUCCAUUACACUGUAUACCCUCAGCUCAGCUCUGGAUCUGACUCACCUUUUUCUUCUUAAAUCCUCAACAAUGCAUUUUCAAACACUACCAUAAGAUCACUUGUUAAUGGAAGCAGCUGCAGUUCAGUAAAACCAGUGUCAUUUCUGUAAUUUUAGCUACUCUGUGAAAGUGUGGCUUUUUUUUUUGUCAUUUUUGUUGUCUUCAAUGGUAAGUAUGAGUGGCGACGUUGCCACGUGUAAGUCGGAAGCUACGGUUGUCACUGAUCACUUUCCACUAGGGUUAAGAGUCCUUGUAGUUGAUGAUGACGUUGUUUGCCUCCGAAUUAUUGAGCAAAUGCUUCGCAGAUGCAAGUAUUCAGUUACUACUUGCACUCAAGCUAUGGUGGCAUUAAACCUAUUACGCGAAAAAAGGGGGACUUUUGAUAUUGUACUGAGUGAUGUUCAUAUGCCUGAUAUGGAUGGUUUUAAACUUCUUGAGCUUGUUGGGUUGGAAAUGGACCUUCCAGUAAUAAUGAUGUCAGGUGAUGGAAGAACCAACCUCGUCAUGAGGGGAGUUCAACAUGGGGCUUGUGAUUAUUUGAUUAAGCCUAUACGGGACGAGGAGCUAAAGAAUAUCUGGCAACAUGUUGUUAGGAAAAGAUACAACUCCAGUAAAGAGCUUGAAUGCUCUGGUAGCUUGGAUGAUAAUGAUCGGUAUAAGCGAGGAAGUGAUGAUGCUGAAUGUGCUUCUUCUGUAAUUGAAGGCGCAGAUGGAGUGCUAAAACCACAGAAGAAGAAAAGAGAAGCCAAAGAAGAAGACGACACUGAAAUGGAAAAUGAUGACCCAAGUACUUCAAAAAAGCCACGUGUAGUCUGGUCAGUGGAGCUUCAUCAGCAAUUUGUUAGUGCAGUCAACCAACUUGGCAUUGAUAAGGCUGUACCUAAGAGAAUCCUUGAACUGAUGAAUGUUCCUGGUUUGACAAGAGAAAAUGUGGCAAGCCAUCUGCAGGAAAAUCAGAAAUUUAGGCUAUACUUGAAGAGGUUAAGUGGAGUAGUUCAACAGCAGGGUGGCCUCCCCAGUACCUUCUGUGGGCCAAUAGAACAGAAUUCAGAACUUGGUUCACUAGGGAGAUUUGACAUUCAAGCACUGGCAGCCUCUGGCCAAAUUCCUCCUGAAACUUUGACAGCUCUUCAUGCCGAACUUUUAGGUAGAUCGACAAGUAACUUGGUUUUACCAGCAGUAGAGAUACAGAAUCUCCUACAAGCUUCCCUGCAGCAAGCAAAGUGCAUACCUGCUGACCAAGUUAUGGCUUAUGGUCAACCUCUGCUGAAAUGCCAUCCCAGCAUUUCUAAUUCUAAACAUCUUUCUCAAUCUAUCUUGUCUGCUGAAGAUGUUCAUUCCGGAUUUGGAUCCCAGCGAGCAAAAAAUAUAUGUCUGGUCCCUAGCAGCAAUCCCAUUGGGCUAGCUGCUCCGAACAGCAACAUGUUAAUGGCAAUGAUGCAACAGCAGCAAUGGCAAAAGCAGCAGCAGAUGGAACUACAACAUAGACGGUCUGGACCUCCUGAGGUCAACCAUUCAAUUAAUGUGCAACCUUCUUGCCUUGUAUUGCCCUCUCAGUUACCAGGUAAUUUCCAAGUGGGAGAUAGUCCUGCUUCCAUCAGCCGCGCCGGCAGUCUGAGUAAAUCUUCGGUGAUUGAUUAUGGAGUUCUCUCGCCACAAUCAAAUAAUUCAUCAGGUGUGGUUCAAGUGUUAGACAGGGAACUCAAACCAGAAUGUGGCUUAAACAGGCUCCCCAGUGGAGGUUCUCUCUCUCGGUCAUGCUCGAUAAAUGCUGACAAUAGUGUUGGUCUGCAGCUUCAUAACUCGAGUUCAGCGUUUGGUUCUUCUAAACAACUGCCAGCCCUUAUCCCAAACCAUUUGGGCUCGCCAGUUCCAUAUUAUAUUAACUCAAGCCAGGUUCUUGAUCAGGGACAUACGAGAAAUCCUGGGGUUGGUAAAUGUGCCUCCAUUCCCAGUCGUUUUGCAGUAGAUGAGUCUGAUUCGCCAAUGUGCAACUUCAAUACUGCAAAAAACUAUCUUGAGGAAACUAAAGUUAAGCAGGAGCCUAACAUGAAUGUCAUGGAAAAUGCUAAAGUUGGUCCAGCGAUUUUUCAAAAAUUUCAACCGGGUGAUCUUAUGAGUGUCUUCAGUGACUAGGAUUGUCGUUUGCCCAUGGGAAGGUCUCAAGUUCCCCAUGAAUCAUAACAUUUAGUUCUGCCAUAUAAGUUUGCAAGAUCCCACUUUGAAGUCUUAUAUUUAUCUUAUAGUUUCACCUAUAGUGUGAUUUGUGAAUUGCAGAAAUGUAGGUAAAGGCUAUUUGCCUGUGUAUUUAUCAAUCUAAUAUUUUGGAAAUGAAUGUGAAUCGAGUAUAAUAUAAUACUCUUUGUAAGUAUUUGGAGAAGAUCUCACUGGGUAUGUUCUAAAAUAUCCCCUUGACAGUACCAUCACCUUGUGAUUGUGCAAUUAUUCAAGAUUUUGUGUUGUGUAA